UCACUGACAAUAACUUUAUAUUUAAACAGUAAUCGUAACAUUGUUCUCCCUUUUAGAUUUUGAUUUUCUACGAAAAUGUGGGAUCUACUGCAAGUACGAGCGGUCACUACACUUCCGCUGUGAUAACAGAAAAGAUCGACAACAGACAAGUCUGUGAAAUUUAACCUCUCAAAUAGAAGAUUCGAAUCCGAAUUCAUUUUAGCAUGUAAGCAAGUCACUGAGAUGGAAGCUACAGCAACAUCCAGCCCCUCAUCUUUCAAACUUGCGCUGGUCAGCUGCUUGAUAUUCCUUGGUCUGCUCGCUUGCUGCUCUGGUCAAAUGAAAAACAAGGAAUUUAAAGUCUCAUGUCAGAGUUUUUAUGUAAAAGACACAUUAGGAGCUGUAACAUGUGAGGUGAACUUUGAUAUAUUACAAUACACGUGCCAACCUCCUCCCAAAACUGGCCGUCUUCUUCAAGCUAAAAUAAGUAAUGACUUACUGCCUAAAUGCCAAAUGGAUUCUAUGGCUACGUUAUGGGGCUGCCAAGGAAAGGAACCAGCAGAUGGAGUUUUCAGCUGUGAACAAGUGAGCAACAACGUAGUGAAAUAUCACUGCCAUUUUAUUGCAACUGAAAGAUUCGAACAAAAACACGCAAGCUGUUCCAUUUCUUGCCAAAAUACUAGCACGGGAGUACGCUAUUGGGCGCUCGUUACCGAGAACUGCCUUUUGAAGUUUGGGACACCACAAAAUAAGGAACCACAACCAACUCUAAAACCACCAGUACCACCAUCACAACCAACUCAAGCACCCCCAGGACCACCAUCACAACCAACUGAAGCACCACCAGGACCAUCAACUCGAGGACCACCGAAAAAACGACCAUCACCGCAAAAAGGGAAAAAAUUUCCACUAAUGGCAUUCCUUAUUGGUUGUGCCAUUGCUGGUGUCACUGUAUUAGUGGCGUGCCUGACGUGGAGAAAGUGUCGUACAAACGAAAGUGACUCAGAGGCUCCAGAAAAGACAGAGCUACAGACAGACGCAUCAGGAUGGACAGAGACAACUACAGCAACAACAGAAUUGACAGAGCAACCUACAACAAUAUCAGGAAUGGCCGAAUAACAGUCAGAAAUAUCACCUCAAGAAGAAGCAGCUGAGGGGGAGUAAAGAACCGGAACUACAACAAAACAUCACAACAACUGCAGUGACCAGAAAUAGAGAGCAACUCGUUCAACACAUGAGAACAGAAUACUGAAUUUUGAUGAUUACUGAUUUGAUUUUACAUAAAUUUAUUAUGACUUACCGGCAUGUGGCAAUGAUGAUAGCACAGAAAGCAACGAAAUCUAGUGUGUAGAGAUCGAAGGAGUAUGUUUAAAAUAUAGAUACUGAGUUUUUUGUAACUUUUAAUCAUCAGUAGCAUCAAAAGUAUCCAAAAUGA